GUGGGAUCUAUUGAUCGUGGUGUGCGUUGCCUACAUCUGUGUUGUCCUUCCACCACGGAUUGCAUUUGCUGGUGUGGACAUCGGGCCCCUCUUCAUCAUAGACCUCAUCCUGGACUUCAUAUUCAUGUUCGAUGUGUUCAUGAACCUGGAGACAGGCUAUGACGACAGUGGAGUGACCGUGAUGGGUGCAAGGGACGUGAGGAUGGCAUAUUUGAGCUCUUGGUUUUUGGUGGACAUCGUUUCUUCGCUUCCUUAUGAGCUUGUUGUGGCGCUCCAGAGCGGCAACGACACCCUGAGGAAGUACUCGAGGCUGCCCAGAAUCGGUAGGUUCUGCCGGCUGCCGCGGCUGUUCAGCUACAUCAGCAAAUGGCAGGACAGCCUGACGCUCAACUCCCACAGCCUGCGCAUGUUCAAGCUGGUCUUCCUCAUCCUCGUCUUCGCGCACCUCAACGGCUGCCUCCAAUUCCUGGUGGCUGAGCUGGAGGGGUUCCCAGACCAGGGAUGGGUCACCAACACGGGCCUGCUGGAUGCCUCUCGAGCCCACCAGUACUCUUACUCCCUCUUCAAAGCCCUGUCCCACAUGCUGUGCAUUGGGUACGGCGAGGAGCCCCCUGCCACCCAUGCCGAGAUCUGGGUCACCACGCUCAGCAUGGUGACGGGCGCCUCGCUGUACAUUGUGCUGUUUGGGAUAAUGAGCUCUCUCAUGCUGAGCAUGGACCGCAGCGGGGCGAUGUACGAGGAAAGGAUGGCCAUCUGGCAGGAGUACUUCAGCUACUGCAACCUGCCACGGUCCUUAAGGCACCGGAUCACGGCCUACCUGAAGCACCGCUACUACACAAGGAAGAUGUUCGACGAGCACAGCCUGCUGAUGGGCCUGCCGCAGGGCCUGCGCACAGACAUCUACCUCCACCUCUGCGAGGAGCUCAUCCUCAACGUGCCCAUAUUCAAGGCCUGCAGGGUCGUCGUUGUGCGCGCCCUGGUCUGCAAAAUGGUGCGCGAGGCUUACACUCCCGGGGACUUAGUUUUCCACAAAGGUGAGCCUGCAGACAACCUGUACUUUAUACUCAGUGGCAUCGUGCAGAUAGAGGCAGACGAUGGCAACAUACUUACGGUCCUGUCUAAGGGCAGCUACUUCGGGGAGUUUGCCCUGCUGGCCUGGCUGGAGGGCGACCAGACUACUCACAGGAUGGCCAACGCCCGGUCGGUGACAUACUCGGAUAUCUAUGCGCUCACCUGCGCGGACUUCAAGGAGGUGGCAGACAGAUUUCCGGAGGUUGUGAACCUCCUGCGGAGGAUCGCAGACGCGAGGAAUGCCGUUAAUCAGGCACGGCGGUCGGCUGCGUCAGAAGUGGAGGGUGCUGAGGUCAUGGUGUCCCAGGUGCCGCCGCAAGCGCCCAGCUGA